AUGAACUGUUCACGUGAAUGGCUCAGUGAGAUCACUGAGGCAAUGUACUUUGGACUAAGGAAGUACAAGAUCACGAUUUUAACAAGGAAAGCACCGUUCAUCAUUCAUCGAAGCGGCUCACGUCAACCCGUCCGGCCCUUCCGAGUUUCGGAUGGAGGAAUCUGGAACAAAACACUGUUUUUGAAGAAGUUAGAGGAAGGUAGCAUCGGAGUGCCUGAAGACCAACCCCUUCCCUUUGGUAAAGAACCAGUGCCUCACGUCCUUGUGGGCGAUGACGCUUUUGCUUUACGGCCGUUUGUUAUGAAGCCAUACCCACAAAGAAAUAUCAGUCUCGAAGAGCGGAUUUACAAUUACAGACACAGCAGAGCUAGACGUCUAUCAGAAAACCUGUUUGGCAUCAUGGCUAAUAGAUGGAGGGUGUUUCUAACACCAAUACAGCUCUCUCCUACUUUUGUGGAAGACUUAACUUUGGCAGCUUUGACCCUGCACAAUUUUUUGAGACCAAACAAAGUGUCAAAGCAGAUCUACUCACCAAAGGGUCUUGCAGAUGAGGAGGACAUCUCAACUGGUGAGGUGGUCCCUGGGUCCUGGCGGUCAUCAGAGCUCCAGAUGAACCCUUUACCAGUUCCUAAUUCUGGGCACAAUGCUAGCAGGUUGGCAAAAGGUGUGCAAGACAUAUUCAAAGAUUAUUUCUGCAAUGAAGGAAGUGUGCCCUGGCAAUGGGACAGGUGUUAAAAUAAUGCAUUCAUGCCACUGUGAUUUUGACACGAUUAUUGGCAGCUACUUACAGUUGAAAGAUAAACCACAAGAAGAGCCCUAGAUUUAGUCAUGUCUGUUCAAUCUUUCAUUUUAUUCAAUGUUCAGUUUCUUGGGAAUAAGUACCUUAAUAAAUUUCAGCAAAAAAUACAUAUUUAUUACACAUUUUGCGAUUUACAUCUAAACUCAUUUAAUAUAUACUGCCAGAAUUUUCUGUUCAUAAAAAAAAUAACUUAUUACAUUGUGUGUUGCUUUGUAAAAUAUUACUGUUUGCCCAAUGUAUUUGUUUUUUAAGCUUUAUCAUUUGUUGUAUUUUAACAUGAACAAGAAACAUGAAAAUGUGACCUAAUUUGGUACAAGCUGAAGUAUAAUUGGUUAUCAAACAUUUCGAUCUUUGAUCAAUCCAAGUGGGAUGUUUCACUAACUUUAAUGAUAAAUGAAUGAC